GUCGGACUGGAGACAGAGAAACUUUGAACUUGCUAAGAAACUGGAUGAAACGCUGUCCCCCCCUCAAUUUUAAGCUGGAUUUACUCCGUGGGUCUUACACAUGGAUCAGAAAAGGAGCAUCGUUGAUGUGCCCUGCGUGAACUUCAGACUUCUCUGGACCAGCAUGUGAGCUUGGAACAAAUAUAAUUCAAUCAGAUCGGGGAGGACAUGGACGAACGAGAAGAUGUGACGGAGCGCGCGUGCACGGGCUGUGGCGGGAGGAUUCAGGACGCCUUUCACGUGAAGGUUCUUCAAGACGCCUGGCACAACUCAUGCUUUCAGUGUUCUGUGUGCUUUGAUCUCCUGACAAACUGGUACUUUGAGAAAGAGGGGAAGUUGUACUGUCACAAACACUACUGCGAGAAGUUUGGGGAGCUGUGCCAUGGCUGUUCGCUGCUUAUGACUGGACCUGCUAUGGUGGCAGGAGACUAUAAAUACCACCCCGAAUGCUUCGUGUGUUUAAGCUGCAGGGUGGUGAUUGAGGAUCGGGAUACCUAUGCCUUAGUGGAACGAACUAAACUCUACUGUGGUAAAUGCUACAAGCAGGUGGUCCUGACGCCAAUGUUGGAGAAGCGUUGUUUAGUCGACUCUCCAUCGGACCUGCUCCCUCACACAGUGACUCUUGUGUCCAUGCCCGCUGCCACCAAUGGUAAACGAGGUUUCUCUGUCACCGUGAUUAGAGACUGCACAAGUGCCACUGCCAGCGUCCAGGUCAAAGAGGUCAGAGGGAUGCAUAUUAGUCCAGAGGUUCGGAACGCCAUCCAUGUUGGGGACCGAAUCCUAGAGAUCAAUGGACUCCCGGUGUCAACUCUGAUGGAAGAGGAGGUGGAGGACCUGAUCCAUCGGACCAGUCAGACUCUGCAGCUGUUGAUGGAAUAUGAUCCAGUCAGACAGCGUCUUGACCGACUCCGUUUGGGUUCUUCUCGCAAUCAACUGGGUGUCCCUGCGGCCUCCCGCAUGCGUAUGUCCUCCACAGCGGAUGCUGAGAUCGAACGAAGUGACUCCGUAGACAAUGGGACAUUGAAAAGGAGGUCUCUCAGACGUAGCAACAGCAUCUGCAAGUCUCCAGUCUCUUCAUCUCCUAAGGACCCUCCGAUUCUAACUCGAGAUAUUGGGCGCUCUGAAUCUCUUCGUUCUCCUUCAAGCUGCUCCCACCGUAUUUUCCGUCCCUGUGACCUCAUUCAUGGAGAAAUCCUCGGAAAAGGCUUCUUUGGACAGGCCAUCAAGGUGACUCAUAAAGCCACAGGUGAGGUGAUGGUUAUGAAGGAGCUGAUCCGCUGUGAUGAAGAGACGCAGAAAACAUUCCUACAGGAGGUAAAAGUGAUGAGAAGUCUUGAUCACACACACGUUUUGAAGUUCAUUGGGGUUUUGUACAAGGACAAGCGGCUUAAUCUGAUAACAGAGUUCAUUGAGGGAGGCACUCUAAAGGAUUUUAUCAGAGACACGGACUCAUUCCCAUGGGAACAGAGAGUUAGCUUCGCAAAAAGCAUCGCAUCUGGAAUGGCAUAUCUGCAUUCAAUGAGCAUCAUACAUCGAGAUCUCAACUCUCACAACUGCCUGGUCAAACUGGACAACACUGUUGUGGUGGCAGAUUUCGGUCUAUCUCGUCUAAUCAUGGAGGAUAAGGUCAAGCAGCCACCCCCCGACAAACCAACCAAUAAGAAAAGACUGUUUCGACGGAUUGACCGCAAGAAACGCUACACGGUGGUGGGGAACCCAUACUGGAUGGCCCCAGAAAUGCUUAAUGGUAAACGCUACGAUGAGAAGGUGGAUAUUUUCUCCUUUGGCAUUGUGCUUUGUGAGAUUAUCGGUCAGGUUUAUGCAGAUCCCGAGUGUCUCCCGAGAACGCUGGAUUUUGGGCUCAAUGUGAGAAAGUUCAUUGAGAAGUUUCUUCCUGAGCACUGUCCUCCGGCUUUCUUCGCGUUGGCUGUGGCUUGCUGUGAUCUCACCCCGGACAACCGGCCUGCUUUUCAGAAGUUGGAGGACUGUUUUGAGGCGCUAGCUCUGAAUCAGGAGUUGAAUAUUCCUCUGCCUGCUGAACUGGACGAUCUUCAGCAGAGGUUUUUAAGGACUUAUGGACCCAGUGAAAUUGCCUCUGAAAACCAGGAAAACAACAUAGAGUAAUCCAGCAGCAGCGAAGGCUGAGAUGCAGGCUGGAUUUUCUUUUUUUUCUUUUUUUUUUUAAGAGUUUACAGAACUGAAUCAGAUCAUUUACCUUGGGUUUGCAUACUGGGAACAUGCUGAUGCUGGUGUUCUUUGGAGAGGUCUGUCAUGACGCUCUCAGAACUUUGAGGGCAUUCUAGUACUGAAGAGGGUUCUUGGCAGAGUUCUGUUAAAGGAACAGGUACAUUUCAGUGACCAAGAGCUUCCUUCUGGCAUUUUCUCAUUCUGUCUAAUUUGGAUGGUUUAGUUACGAUUUAACCGUGUAGCGCAAACCUUUUAAGAGUGCUUACCACUAGCUGAGUUAUAGAGCUCUCUAAUGAAGUUUCAGAUUUCAGUUUUCGUAGUGUAGCAUCCAUUAAAAUUGAUAAAUCAAAACAAUUAUAAAAGUGUUCGUCAUUAAACCUUUCAAGAACAUGUCUGGGUCAUAUUUCAACAUUUGAGGCCAUUAGGAUUGCUUUUAAAGUUUUCGGGCGAUUAACCGCUUUAUUUCAAACUGUACAAAUACACAAAGGUUCUGUUAAUUCACUAAAUUGAAACUACCUGAUCAACUCUAGAAAUGGAAGUUUUUUUUCAAACAUUGUUGAACCACGCUGCCCCCUGCAGGCCGUUGUGUUUAAGUGCACUCAAUCCCUGGGCUGUUUUUGUGGCACUAGCGCUUGAGUCCUGAUCCCUGUAACUCUACAAUCUAAAGACAAGAGAGAGAAAACAUUUGCAAAAGCUAAAUAAGUUUCUGAGUUCAGAUUUGAUCUCCUACGUGUGGUUUCUUGCAAAUGGCGUCUUACAUUGUAGUCCAUUCCUGGUACAUCAGCUCUUUUGAAAACUGGAGUAGUUUAUUCCACCGUCGUGGGCUUACCUUGUACAUAUACCAUGACAGGAAAAGAAUAAUUGUUCUCUGUAUCUAAACAGCUCUGGAGUUGUAUUCUCCAAGUGAAAUGAUAAGUGAGAUCAUAAUGCUGGAUCUUGACCGGCCGUUUCCAGGAGUUUUUUUUAGCUCCUGCCGAAACGGGCUGUGAUCAAAAAUGUCUGCAACGCAGAAUUUAACGAGUGAUUUGAAAAUGAAUGUCAUCCUUACUUUGAUCACUAAUGUUUAAAUUAACUGGAUAUAUUGUUAAUGUUUGUAUAGAUUUGAUGUCGUAUGUUGGGAUUAUGUGGAUUUGUAGUCUUCGUGUGUUUGUAGAAUGUGAAAAGCUGUAAAAAAAAAAAAAAAAAAAAGCAUUUUGUUUCUAGUCUUAUCUGUCCAAGGUACUGACAUGUACAAAAAUUAUAACCACUACUUGUACGCCACAGGAUUUCUUACGCUAAUGUUUCAUGAAUAAAGAUGAGUACGUAUUGGCUCCUA